GGUCUUUACAUAUUUUUGAUCUAGCUGCAAUUCAGAAGCUCAGAUCGAAAUGAUUUGGCAGCCCCUCAACCUUACGGAGGUAUGCCCGCCUUGCACCCCGGUGUCAGCAUGUUCCAACUUCGGCUUCGUGUACCUCAGCCUGCUGGUGCAGCUGUUCGGCGGCUCGGCUGAGCAGAAGAAGCAGGAGAAGUGCGCUAGAGAUCCCGUGGAUGGGGCGGAGUAUGACUUCAUAGUAGUGGGCGCGGGGGCAGCGGGCUCUGUCAUUACUAAUAGACUCACUGAGAAUCCACACUGGAAGGUCCUGUUACUGGAAGCUGGUGGCGAGGAGCCGGACGUGACUCGAGUGCCCAGCUUCUUCACCGUCCUCACCAGUUCCAGCUUGGACUGGAAAUACUCCUCGGAACCCAAUGGGAAGAGCUGCCUCGCAUUUCCUGAAGGAAGAUGCGGCUGGCCAAGAGGUAAAGGAAUGGGCGGUUCGACCGCUAUCAACGCAAUGGCGUACGUCAGAGGGAACAAAGUAGAUUAUGACGAGUGGGAGCGUAUGGGCAACAAGGGCUGGAGCUAUGACGACUGUCUACCAUACUUCAUGAAAUCUGAAAGAAAUUUGAAUAAAUACUCGGUCGAUAGUGCAUUCCACGGCGUAAGAGGGGAACAGGCGGUGUCCUGGUUGCUUUCUGAGGAUGACCCGUCGACCAUGAUGAUUGAUGCGUUCAACACAGUGGGCAUACCUUUCCGCGACUUCAACGGAGCCGAACAAGUAGGCGCCAUGCAGGCGCAGACAUUUUCAGUAGAUAGCGAGCGUGUAUCUGCCUACUCCGCUUUCAUACACCACAUCCGACAUACGAGACCUAACUGCGACGUCAAACCUCACUGCGAAGUUACAAAAAUACUUAUAGACGAUACUAAAACUGCUCGAGGAGUAGAAUACAUCAAGGAUGGCAAGAAGUAUACGGCGUAUGCCAAGAAAGAGGUAAUCACUUGCGCUGGAGUCGUCAACACGGCGAAACUACUGAUGUUGUCAGGGAUAGGCCCGAAAGAACACUUGGAAAGCCUAAAUAUUCCUGUAGUGCAAGAUCUAGCAGUCGGUGAGAAUCUCCAAGAUCACGUUUCUUUUAACGGCAUGAUAGUCGCGUUGUCGAACGAAACCGCCCCGACUGUUAGUGAAGAUCAAAUGUUGAGCGAUAUCAAGGAGUACGCUGAAAUGAAAAUCAAGAAAGGCCCUCUCGCCGGGCUCGGUCCUAUCAUGUCCUGUUCGUUCAUCAAAUCGGAGCCCCACUUGGUAGCACCCGACUUGCAAUGCCAAGCCGUGCCCGUCCUCCGCUGGGAAGAGUUCAUACAGGAUCCGAUCACACACGAGAAGGCCGCAAUCAUGCCCACCGCUUACUAUAACGCUCUGGUACCGAGAAUUAUGAACGUAGUGCCAAAAAGUAGAGGAAAGAUGUUCCUAAAUAAAAAUGAUCCAAACGGGCCUCCAGAAAUACACGCCAAUUACCUUGGCGAUGAGAGGGAUAUAGAACCACUCAUGAGAGGUGUACGAUUUUUGUUAUCUUUAGAAGAUACGGAAGCCUUCAAAUCGCGUGGAGCAUAUUUCGUUCGCGAAAAGAUGCCACAUUGUAAAGAACACGAGUGGGGUACGGACGAGUACUUCCUUUGUUUGAUUAGACAGUACACUUCCACUACUCAUCACCAGUGUGGAGGAUGCAAGAUGGGCCCGAGUUGGGACAAGAAGGCGGUCGUGGACAGCGAGCUGCGCGUGUACGGCGUGGCCCGGCUGAGAGUGAUCGACGCGUCGAUCAUCCCUGUCGUGAUGCGCGGCAACACGGCAGCCCCGACUAUGAUGAUCGCAGAAAAAGGCGUAGAUUCCGUUAUAAAGUAUUGGCAAAAUACUACUGAUGAUUAUUGUUUCUAAUUUUAUUGAAA